AUGCCUCUCAACCCGCUAGACCUGCCGCUCCCGCUGGUGGUGGACAACCUGCUGCCCCUCCUGCCCAAUCGGGACUUAGCCACGCUCCGCUCUGUCUCGCGGCACGCCAAGACGCUGGUCGAAGACGAAGUGUUGUGGCGCCGCAAGGUGCUUUCGGACUUCACAUUCCCUCCUCACGCCUCAGCGCGCAUGGGGGGCUGGUUCAACCUCUACUGCGGUCUCUCUAGUCCGCGGGUGUACGUGUGGGGGCAGUUGGACAACGGGCGGCUCGGCCUCGCUCAGCUACCCGCUCCGGUGAGGGAGGAUGCAAGAGGCAGCGGUGGUGGCGUGCCCUACCCUGUCGAGCUCGAAAGUGUCGGUGCAAGCAGGAUGUUGCACGGUGGUCAGGGGAGUGAUGGGGAAGACAGAGUGGGGGCGGUGGUCGAGAUCGUUGCGGGCGGAUGGGGGUUUCAUGCGCGAACGUCGACAGGGAGGGUGUGGUUCUGGGGCACCAUGGACGGCGAGACGUUCGCAGGACCAGUGACGCCCAUGAGGGACCCGGGGAAGAUUGUACCUCACCCACAGCUGUUGGAUGCCUUGCCACCCAUCGCGGCUCUCUCGGGUGGACGAUGUCAUGCUGUAGCCCUGACAACCGAGAACAAGAUCUUAGAGUGGAGGAGCUGGGGCACAGUGUGGGAGCAUCAAGGCCUGGACGUGGCCGGAGAAGUGACGCAGCUCGAAGCAGGCUGGUCCUUCACCGCUCUCCUCACCCACGACGGGGCGGUAUGGGUAUGGUACAGCGACUGGAGCGCCGAUGCCUUCACCCGCACCUACUACGCGGGCAACCCCAGAGCGGCAAUGAUGCACGCCGAGCCGGUCGGUCACGAGGGCCGCACGGUCUUCACCGUCGAUGUGACGCCCGUCCAACUGCCACCCCUCACUCCUCCAACAGACGCAGAUGUGCAGGACAGAAUCAUCCAGAUUGCGGCCGGAGAAGACUUCCUCAUCGCCCUCACCGCAACCGGCCAAUUGUAUCGCAUGGACCUGCACCUACCACCACCCACCUCGGAAGACCAUCUUCUCAGGCGACGCAUUCUGGAGGCGCGCGACGAUCCGGACGAUCGCGACCUCGAUGCCCGAGUACACGCCGCACUCAUGGGUCGAUAUCUGCGCACGCGCGCCACCUGGGAGCGUCUGUCCGCAUUCGAAGACCCCACAUCUUCACCGGCCUUCGAUCCAGCGUGGCUGUACGCCCCUGGCGCAGACGGAAAGUCGACCGUGGGCAAAGUCUCGCACAUCUCUGCGCACUUUCGGCGGUUUGUCGCGUUUCUGCCCACCCACACUCCGGGCGCAGAUGGGGAAGCGGGGACGCUGGUUCUGCUCGGCACGCCGUCGGGGAAGGAGCCCGAGCUGAUACCCGAACUGCAGUGUAGGGGCGUGAUCAAGGUCACUAUGGGCGACUACCACUAUGGCGCGCUAACGGAGAGGGGGGAGAUUCUGACCUGGGGAGCGUUUAGCAAGGGGGCGUUGGGGAAUUGGGCUCCUCCCUGGGCGCCCGUGGCGAACGAGAGCAGGCCGUACGACCCUGGCAACGUGGAGGAGCAGGGGGACGAAGGCGAGCGCGGGUGGCUGGACAACCUCAUCCCGCUGCCGCGCAUUUUUAGAGGACCGAUGCAGCCCAGGAUUGGGUUCGCGGGGAGAGGAAGGGUGCAGCGAUCAUCAGCGGGAAGAGGGCAGGUGAGGGAGGGACAGAGUCAGGCGGAUGUUGCUACGCCAACUGUGGUCAACGUUCACCCACAGGGACAGGGGAAGGGCACACCGUUCGCUUUCGACAUCGCGUUUGCUGGUUGGCAUAGCAGCGCCCUCGUCAUGGACGCUCCCGUCGCAUCGGCUGAGGGUGAGUAG